UUCAAGUGUUUUUGGGUUUAUCAAAGACAGUUUUUAACAGCACUUUUUGGUCACUGCAAAAUGUGUGAUCCCAACCUAGAAUCUUGGUUAUACAGGUACACCCUUUCCAACUGCUGGUUAACCUCAGAUUGUGGGGCUAAUCUUUCAGCAUAACAAAAUCCAUAUUCUUCAAUAAUUUGAAAUGCCAUUGAACCCAACAAAUAGUUUUUGAUGUAAGCGCUUAGAUAGAACAAAAAUCAAGGCUUCUUUUUUCUUUUCUUUUUCAUACAAAACCAAAGGCAUGGACCAGCUAGAGAGUGAGAAUUCAGACUCAGAAGCUCCUUUUGCUCUACCACUGAGCUUCCAAAACUUUUAUAGAACUACAAUUUACGACCAACCCUCUAUUUUGUUGUAGAAUUUUUGAAUCAAUCCUAAUUGUCUUGUCUGCAAGCUAUUGGACUAUUUCUUGCUAGAACUAUAUAAUGGUACGCAAAUUAAGUUUGAAUCAGUUAUUAAGUUCCAUUUCAAAGGAGCAUGCCUUCACUUUAUGGUAUUCUUCUAAUAUUCCAAAAAGGGUAGGGGAUAGGGUACAGCCAUGUUUAGCAUCUUCAUUGCAAUGGGAUGCCAUAGAUGUGAAAUUAUCAUGUCAGUCCGAAGAUUUAGGUGACCUGUUGCAGAAAUUGGAGAACGGUGAAGAUAACAACAUUAACUGGGACAGAGAAAUUCAUGGGCUGUGCAUCAAUGACAAAGUGGACGAUGCCUUUAAUCUGUUAGAUCGUCUCCGUCUAAAGGGCUAUUGGCCAGACAGUCUGAAUCUCAGCAGCCUAAUUCAUGGGCUAUGCAAUCAGGGUCGCUGGAUCGAAGCCCACAGCCGACUCUCAUUGGAGUUAGGAUCCAAAUGGCCUGUUCCUGAUGAAAGAACUUGCAAUGUGCUUAUUGGAAGGCUAUGUGAUGCAGACAUGCCCAUAGAAACUCUUCAUAUUAUGGACCAGAUGAUUGCUGCUAAAGAAGGGUAUGUCCCAUCUAUUGUGAAUUAUAACAAAAUUGUUCACUGUUUUUGUACACAGAGAAAAUUAAACGAUGCCGAGAUGGUUAUGUUGACAAUGAGGGACAAAGGAUGUAUUCCGAAUCAAGUUACAUAUACCACACUGAUCCAUGGUUUGUGUAAAAUUGGAAGAGUUGAAGAUGCACGAAAAAUGUUUGACGAAAUGUCCAUGAGAAAUUGCUCACCUAAUGCACUUACUUAUAGUGUCAUAAUUGGAGGUCUAUACAAGCAAAAGAGAGAUGUCGAGGGCAGGCAGCUAAUGUGCAAGCUAUGGGACCAAAUGGGUACGAGUGACGCCAGUACUAAUUUGGCAGCAUACAGUAAUUUGAUUAGUAUCCUUUGCCAGGAAAGAUUUUUUGUGGAUGUUUUUGAUCUCGUAGAUAAAAUGCCACAGGGGAAUCAUGUCCCUGCUGUUUUUGCUUGCAGUGUAUUGGUUGAUGCUCUCUGCAAGGCAGGCAAUGUUAACGGGGCCGCUAGAGUGAUAUGUAUAUUGAAGAAAAGGUGGUGUGUUCCCGAUUCCAUCUCGUACAGUGCCGUGAUUCAUGGACUAUGUAAGAAGGGGAAUUUCAUGAGGGCACAUCAAGUGCUUGGAGAAGGAAUCGAAAUUGGAUAUGUUCCUUGUGAACCUACUUAUAAGGUUCUAGUUGAGAAAUUUUGCAAGGCAGAGGAGUUGGAAAAGGCCAAGGAGCUUCUUAAUUAUAUGCUACAAAAGAGCACUAUAGAAAAAUCUCGCAUUUAUAACAUAUUUCUACAUGCUCUGUGUGCCACAAACAAUCCUUCUGAACUCCUAAACACGAUGCUUAUCAUGCUGCAGAGUGGCUGCACAGCUGAUGUAUUUGCACUUAACACUGUCAUCCAUGGUUUGUGUAAGGCAGGCCGGGUUGAUGAAGCAAAAAAGGUCUUGGAUGAUAUGAAAAUGGGCAAUGUUUGCACGCCAGAUGUCAUUACAUUCAGCACCGUGAUUCGAGGCCUUGCAGAAAUGGGUCGUAUUGAUGAAGCACUAGACAUUCUACACGAGAUGCCACAGAGAGGUUACUGUCCUAAUGUCAUAACUUACAAUGCUGUUAUCAGUGGGCUUUGCAAAACUCAGGAAAUAGACAAAGCCUUUGCAAUCAUAGAUGAAAUGAAACCCAAGGGUUUGAGUGCUGACAGUGUUACCUACACUGCUAUCAUUAGCGGUCUUUGUGAAACGGGUCAGCUAAACAGAGCCCUUAACUUUUGGCAUGAUGUUGUCAAGCCAUCUAAAAAUCACAAUGAUUUUGUUUAUACAUCUCUGCUAAGAGGAAUGUGCAAAGCUGGAUUUUUUAUGGAAGCUUGUGACUUGUUACAUGAAAUGCUGAAGGAUGGAUUUGCUCCCGGUGUUGUGACCUUUAAUGUUCUUAUUGACGGUGCUUGUAAAUUGGGUUUGAAAAGGGAUGCAUAUACGAUCUUGAAUCAAAUGAGAGAAAACAAUUUGACUCCCGAUGUAGUGACAUGGAGAACACUAAAUCAAUUGCAUGAUAGUCAAAGCAAGAAAAGCAAAGUUCCCAGGUUGGAACAAGAAAAGUGUCCGGAGGAAAAAGGAGGGACUUUGGCAGAAUUAGUUCGUAGAGUCUACAAGCUUCACUAGUGAGCAUUGUAAAUUUAUAAAGCAUUAUUGUGUAUGAUAGACCCAAAUAAGUUUGAACUGAGCAAAAGCAUUUGUCAUUCAUUCGAAAUUGGGCAAACAAUCUCUACUUUUUCAAUAUAAAAUCUUUUCACCUC